UUGUUUUACAUAACUUAAUUCCGGAGGGUUUUUUCUUGUAAAAAAACUUUCCUCCUUCAGUGUCUCUGAAACAAAACAUCUCGGAAUCACUCUGUCCAUUGAAACGCCAUCAAUCAAUGUCGUACCGCUCUCUAUUUCUCUCUCUCAUCAAACGAAGAAACACCGGUUUAAUCAGCAAUAAUUAUCAUCACAAUCAUCGUUCAGCAAGAUUUUUCACUUCAAAUGCUGUGACCAGUGAUUAUGUGGAAGAAACUCCGAACUCUUCGGAGGGUGAUGAUGAUCUAAGGAGUAGAAUCUUGAGGCUCAGACUCCCCAAACGAAGUGCAACUAAUGUUCUUCAAAAAUGGGUUCUUCAAGGGAAUUCUAUUCCUGUUUCCGAGCUUCGGGAUAUUUCUAAAGAGCUUAGAACUUCUCAGCGUUAUAAACACGCUUUGGAGAUAUCAGAAUGGAUGGUUAGUCAUGAAGAAUAUGAGUUAUCAGAUUCUGAUUAUGCAGACCGCAUAGAUUUGAUGAACAAGGUUUUCGGCAUUGAUGCUGCAGAGCGCUACUUUGAGGCUUUACCACUUUCUGCAAAGACAUGUGAGACUUACACGGCCCUCCUCCAUUCUUAUGCAGGGGCAAAAAUGACCGAAAAGGCUGAGGAACUAUAUGAAAGGAUAAAAGAUUCAAACCUCCCCUUUGAUGCCGUUACGUACAAUGAAAUGAUGACUCUUUACAUGUCAGUCGGGCAAGUUGAAAAGAUCCCAUCAGUUGUCGAAGACCUCAAACAACAAAAGGUUGUCCCUGAUAUCUUCACUUUCAAUCUAUGGAUAAGUUCAUGUGCUGCUUCUCUUAAUAUUGAUGAAGUUAGAAGGAUUCUUGAAGAAAUGCGUAAUGGUGCUGGUUCUGAUGAAAGUUGGAUUAGAUAUUUGAACCUGGCCAAUGUAUAUUUUACCGCAGGUCAUCUUGAUAGUGCAAGUUCAAACUCACUCGUCGAGACUGAGAAAGGGAUCACGCAAAGUCAAUGGAUAACAUAUGACUUACUGGUCAUUCUUUAUGCUGGGUUGGGAAAUAAGGAUAAACUUGAUCAGAUAUGGAAUUCAUUGAGAAUGACUAAACAGAAAAUGAUCAGCAGGAAUUAUAUCUGCAUUAUUUCUGCAUAUCUAAUACUUGAUCAUGCAAAAGAAGCAGGCGAAGUAAUUGAUCAAUGGAAGCAAUCGACUACCACAGAUUUUGAUGUGCUUGAUUGUAAAAGGAUUAUGGAUGCUUUUACGGAAAUUGGAUUGGACGAAGUAGCCAACAACUUGAAUAUGAUUCUCAUUGAGAAGAACCUCAAUCCGGAUAAUAACUAACUAGGAGUUGUUUGGGCGUAAAUCUGAUUUAGAGUAUACAGAUUUGAGGUCAACGUUGCAACCUUCAGCAGGAAAUUAUGUACAUUUCAUUUUCAAUUUUGAUAAUACAUCCCGAAUGAAUAACCUGCAAUGUAAGAUUCUAUUGCUUUUUUGGACGUGUUCUUCAUUGCUUGUAACUUUGUUUUAUGUUUCACUUGGCUAGCAUCUUUGCUUGUUGCCCUUUAUUCACAACUUCUGCUUCAAUUUUAGAACUAUAGCAUUCCUAAGUCA